CUCUAACCCCGUCACUUUUGCUUUGCUUCUCUCCCCUGCCGUACCAUUUACCACUCUUUCCUUGUUUCCUCGUCUUCUUCCUCUAUUUCCUUCUCCUAUUUAUUUAUUUAUUUAUCUUUCCGUCCUUACAUCUGCAACAAGAUCUUGAAUUUCUUCACUAAGAGAAGUACUGGAGUAAUUGAGAGAAGAGGAGAAUGUCUGAUUACAGAGCUGCGUUUCUGAACGAUGAGCUCUCGAAACGGACCUCAAUCUUUGGUCUCCGCUUGUGGGUCGUUCUGGGUAUCUGUGUCGGAGCUGCCUUUGUUCUACUUCUCUUUCUUAUCUCCCUCUGGUUCACUUCAAAACGGAACAACACCACCAAGUACAAGCCCUCCCAGAAACCCACAAUUCCGAGUGUCUCCAAAGAAAUUCAAGAAAUCAAAAUCGAUCAUGCCAGGCACGCAAUCCACCAUCAACAAGAUGCUAAGACUCACCAAGUUCUUCCUAACCCAUUACCCGAAGCGGAACAAAAUGGCUUAAUUGAGCGCCAAGCCUUGCUUUUCCCAAAGGAGGAAGAAGGCCCAAUGGGGCUUCACAGAAUUCACAUUGAGAUCGGUAAGGAUCAUAGGAUUUCCUACCCGGAACGUGGUGGUGGUUCUUCGCAUGGGAGUGGGGAGACUCGCUCCGUUGAUCAGCUUCCGGUCGUCGUCCCUGAGGUUUCGCAUUUGGGUUGGGGCCACUGGUAUACCCUCAGGGAGCUUGAGGCCUCAACGAAUGGUUUUGCAGAUGAGAAUGUAAUCGGUGAAGGCGGGUAUGGCAUUGUUUACCAUGGAGUCUUGGAGGACAAGACCCAGGUUGCUGUUAAGAAUUUGCUCAAUAACAGGGGACAAGCUGAGAAGGAGUUCAAGGUUGAAGUUGAAGCAAUUGGUCGUGUUCGGCACAAAAAUUUAGUAAGGUUACUUGGUUACUGCGCUGAAGGUGCUCAUAGGAUGCUUGUUUAUGAGUAUGUGGACAAUGGGAACUUAGAACAGUGGCUCCAUGGAGACGUAGGUCCUUGCAGUCCUCUUACAUGGGAACUUCGUAUGAAUACUAUUCUUGGGACAGCCAAAGGGUUGACAUACCUUCACGAGGGACUCGAACCCAAAGUUGUUCAUCGAGAUAUUAAAUCAAGCAACAUUUUGCUUGAUAGACAAUGGAACCCCAAGGUUUCUGAUUUUGGGCUUGCUAAGCUUCUGGGUUCAGAGAGAAGCUACGUCACAACCCGUGUGAUGGGAACAUUUGGGUAUGUAGCUCCUGAGUAUGCUAGUACAGGCAUGUUGAAUGAGAGAAGUGAUGUCUAUAGUUUUGGGAUACUUUUAAUGGAGGUCAUUACUGGGAGGAAUCCUGUUGAUUACAGCCGGCCUCCAGGAGAGGUGAACUUGGUCGAAUGGCUCAAAAUGAUGGUUGCUAGCAGGAAUUCUGAGGGAGUUUUGGAUCCUAAAAUACCCGAGAAACCAUCUUCGAAGGAAUUGAAGCGAGCUCUCUUAGUGGCUUUACGAUGUGUAGACCCAGAUGCACAGAAAAGGCCAAAGAUGGGGCAUGUGAUACAUAUGCUCGAAGUUGAUGAUUUUCCCUUCCGAGAUGAUCGUCGUGGUGGGCGGGAUGCAGGACGGGCACAUCAUGAUAGUAUGAAGGAGAAAUUGAUAGAAAAGCAGGUGACGGUAUCAGGAGAUAGUAGUGGGUAUGAAAGUGGUAACCAGGCCAACAGGGCAAGGUGGAGAAAACAAGAAUACCAAGAAAGAAAGAGAUGAAUAUCAGGCAUGGAGUAGAAGACAAAUUGGCACACAUCUUGCAUGCUUCUCUCGAUACAGAGCUGAGCCAUGCUUAUAUAACUGAGUUUCAUUAGUUUUAUUUUAUACAGUUUGUAGCUUUUUGUAACAUGUUUAGCCAAAGCCCUAUAUGCUGGCUUUCAAUUGCGUUAGCUUGUUUUUUGAAGCCUUGUAGCAUGAUGUACGUGUAUUUUGUAAUGUGUAUAUUGGGGUUUCACUGUGUGCUCUUGCUAUUCAUGAAAGGUCACUGAAUCUUCAUUGUUUAUC